AAUAGUGGCUGUUGCUUUGACAAUACAAUAUCUGGAGUACCAUGGUGUUUCCAGAGAGCAGAAACCACAGCUGGUUUAACAGUCACCACUGCUAAAAGUGUAACAAACACAGAUGCUGUUGAAACAACUACAACUGCUACUGAAGCAGAUACAACUGCAAGUGAUUCUGAUUCAACAGUUUAUACUAAUGACGUGACAGCCGAUGAGACAACAACUAACUCAGAUGGCAUCACAUAUGAGACAAACACAUCAGAUCCCCAACAAUUUCCCUGGUAUUUAAUUACCAUAAUAACUGUAGCUGUUGUGGUGUUUCUUGGGAUCGUAGUCUCCCUGACUGUCCUUGCCAUUUUGCACAGGAAAAAACGCAGCAGAUUAACAAUCAGACAAGAACCUCAAAACACAGUACCGGAAAACUAGCAAGAUGGAUACGUCAUGUACAUACUGAUUGGUUGUUGGGCACCAUUUAGUUACCAAGACUUGUAUCAAAAUACUUAGUACUUUACCCAUGUGUGAACCCCUAAACAGUUAGGCUAUAAGGAAUUACACUAACAUAUGAUCUCGGAAACAAACAAACAUCAGAAAAGAAAUUCAUAUUCUAAGAACAUAAGGGUUUAUCUUU